AGAGUCCAAAUUGGUUUUACACCAAGGGACUUAAAAAUCAGAGUAGGAGAUGCCUCCACUUUAAAAGUUUUAACAAUAUUUUUUGUCAGAAGUGGACAAGAAUUCUCACUUUGAAGCCUAUUGUUGAAGGUGAAGGGCCAGAGGAAGUUAGUUCCAGAUUAAAUUGCAUUGAAUUUUCGGUUAGAUAUGGCACGAAAUACUGGUGGUCACAGUACAAAAAUAGCAGAGGCAUCCAUGGCAGUGGCGCAUUUUGGCUUCGCCGAAGAAAAGGUUAAGGAAACGCUAAAAAGACUGGUAAAAUUGUAUAAGGAUGACUGGAAGCUCAUUGAAGAAGAUAAUUAUAAAGAACUGAUUGAUAUUCUAACAAAGGAGAGUAAUGAGGAAUCAAACUUGAAUUACAAUUUCGAACAUCGGCAUGGCCAGGCUUCAUUUUCUGCUGUUAACUUUGCUAACAAAAAAGCUAAAAUUUUGGGUUCUAGUCCACCAGCUCAGGAUAAAGGAAAGAGUCUAGAAUCUCCUCAAGCUGCUGCUAGAGGAACAAGAUCAAAUUUUGUGAAGGAUAAAGUUAUGGAGGAUAGAGUACAUGAAGGUGUUUCCAAUUCAUCACAGUUUGAUAUUGCAUCUUCAGUCAAUUCAGAAGUGAAGGUCUCCUUAAUUUGUAACUCUUCUGGAAAUUCUUAUUUCAGACAACGGAGUUUGGAUGCGGUUCUAGAAGAGGUGGAAGAUGAAUGCCGCAAAACAUAUGGAAUCCAGAAUCCUGAUUUCUCUUUGGUGAAGUUGAUGGAAAAGGUGUGCCGGUUCUUCUUGGAGAUGGACAACGGUUCUAGCAGUGAAACUGGGAGAAACAUUUGUGAGAAAUCAAAGCAGCCUGAAGGAAAAGAAGUUGUAACAGAUGAUAACGAGGACAACUCUACAUUGGAGCCGAGUAAGGUUCUACAAGACUCACAAUCUUCAGAACCACAGAUGAUGGAGGCUGUCCUUCAAAAGAAAUACCCCAUUUAUCUCAAAGAUAUAUCUCGUGGUGAAGAUAAUAUACCAGUUCCCCUGGUGAAUGAAAGCAGCACACUAGAGUUGCCAGAUUUUAUCUACAUAAAAAAUAACAUGGUAUACCAAGGUGGCCAUGUUGAUUUUUCUCUUGCUCGAAUAUCAGAAGAUAACUGUUGUGCACAAUGUCUUGGAGAUUGUCUAUCCUCAGACUUGCCUUGUGCAUGUGCUGCGGAAACAGGUGGCGAGUUUGUUUACACGCAGAAGGGAAUGCUGAAGGAAGAAUUUUUGGAUGAAGCCAUUGCCGUGUCUCUGGAUCCUCAAAGAAAACACUUCUACUACUGUGAAAUCUGCCCCCUGCAGAAUGAACCGCAACAGAGAUAUGGGAAAAUAAAACGAUGCAAGGGCCAUUUAACUAGGAAAUUUAUAAAAGAGUGCUGGAGUAAAUGUGGAUGCAACAAGAAAUGUGGAAAUCGUGUUGUCCAGCGAGGGAUACAAGUUGCUUUGCAGGUUUUUGCAGCACCUGAAGGGAAAGGGUGGGGUGUUCAAUCUGUGAAUGCCCUGAAGAAAGGCACUUUCAUUUGUGAGUAUGUAGGCGAAAUUGUGACGAAUCAGGAACUAUACGAGCGAAACAAUGAAAGGGCUGCUAAAAAGGAGAGGCAUACUUAUCCAGUGCUGCUGGAUGCAGACUGGGGCUCUGAAAGGAUACUGGAGGAUGAGGAGGCCCUUUGCUUGGACGCAACAGAAUUUGGAAACAUUGGCAGGUUUAUCAAUCACAGGUGUUAUGAUUCUAACUUGAUUGAGAUUCCAGUGGAAGUGGAGACUCCGGAUCAUCACUAUUAUAGACAUGCUUUUUUCACAACUAGAGGUAUUGAGCCGAUGGAAGAGUUGACAUGGGAUUAUGGUAUUCAGUUUGAUGACAAGCAUCAUCCGAUCAAAGCAUUCAAAUGCAAGUGUGGAAGCACGGGCUGCCGAGACAAGAAAAGACGGCAUUAAUCUAUUGAUCAAAGUUAAUUUUUAGUUGCUGCAUAAUGAGAUGGUAGUCAGUUCUGAAUCAGGAAGGGAAAUAUCAUACCAUUGUGUGGUUCAAAAUAAGAAGAAAAACCUCAUGGAUUAGCCGCAAUUGAGGAAAAUCAUUAAACUCUUUUGAUAUCCUAUCUUCAUUUUAUCUGAGGAUACCUUACCUUUUAA